AUGGCUAGCUUCCCAGAGGUUUCCGACUGGCGUACCAGUGCAGGCAGUGCUGUGAUCUUUCAGCCUGCUCCUGUGAAGCUCCAAUUUGCGCAUAUUCCCUCUUCGGUUGUGAACAUUCACCCUCCCGUUUCCCGUUCCCUCUCCAGAGUCGCCUCAGUAUCACGCCACUCCACCUAUUGGAAGCAAUGGCGCACCUUGGAUUCCAAACACACCCCAUCCUUUUCUUUCCACGCCAACGAGAUCGCCAAGGACGAGGAUACAGGCCGUCGCCCAUCCGUCAUGUGGGGAAUGGAUUGUUGGGUCGUGCUGGAGGCCAGACUUCUCUGUCUUGCCGUUGGGCCUCGACUGUACUGGGACAGUUGGUGCUCCAUUUUCAUCGUUUACCUCUACGAUUCGCAUGAGCAUCGUCAACAAAUCAUUCGGUCCGGAAUACUCAUCGUACCCACUCGAAAUGUAUGGGGCCACUCUGAAGAUGUGCAGGAGGAGAUGUCGGAACGAGGGAGAUGGUUUGGUCGCGCAUUUUGGCAUGUGUGGAGACAGAUUCCCAUGGAAGCACACCAAAAGGUCCAGCUCACCUUCGAAUAUGGUGACCUUCCCGCUCAUAUCGCCGCAGAAGAAUACCCCGGGCAUCCGUUGUUUGGCGCCAAACUGGGUGUUGACGACUUGUGGUGGAGGAUGAUUGGGAUGGGUGGAUUGCAGCGAGGAUUCAGGACAGCAGAGCGACUUGGUAAGGAAAGGGAAGGGACAUAUAUCUUCCUCAUUGAACUGCUCAGUCUAACGCCACACUAUGCCACACUCUCGGUAUACUCAACCAUUGUAGCGCCACGCUACUUGAAGAUUAAAGUGGCGUCCCUUCGGUGA